CCUUACGUGACUUUACGUGACGUUGACGACAAGGGGUCCUUCUCGAAUUCAAAACAACCAAAAUGGCGGCGCACGUGAGAUGGGGACUUGUGCAGUUGUUCCGAACACGAAAUACAGCCCUCUAUAGGUUCCCAGAACAUCUCAGAAGUUAUCACUGGUCGCGAUUCACGACCCAGAACUUCAGAGGAGUCCAGUCCCAGCCUGGGACUGGAGCCUCAAACUGCUUCACAUCCAUCCAGACUGAAGAUACUCCUAACCCGAGAAGUCUGAAGUUCCUCCCUGGGAAAGCUGUGCUAGGAAGUGGGACACUCGACUUUCCAUCUUCAAGCACUGCUGGAUGUUCAUCCUUAGCCAGGGAUCUGUUUGAAAUUGAAGGGGUGAAAAGUGUCUUCUUUGGCCCUGAUUUUAUCACAGUCACUAAAACAGAUGAGGAUGUGGACUGGACUGACAUUAAGCGUCAUGCUGUAGAUGCAAUCGCUAAGUUCUUUGAGAGUGGUGACCCGGUAACUACAGGAGCAGUGCACCAUGAAAGCAGUCAUUCUGAAGAUGAUGAUGAAGUUGUGUCUAUGAUAAAGGAACUUCUAGACACCAGAAUAAGACCCACAGUGCAGGAGGAUGGGGGUGACGUCAUCUUUAAAGGCUUUGAGAAUGGUACAGUCAAGUUGAAGCUGGUUGGGUCCUGCACUGGUUGUCCUAGCUCUACGGUCACGCUGAGAAACGGCAUUCAGAACAUGAUGCAGUUUUAUAUCCCUGAAGUGGACAAAGUGGAGCAGGUGGAAGAUGAAGUGGAUCAAGUCAGUGCAAAGGUUUUUGCUGAAGUGGAGCGCAAAUUACAAGAAUAAGAUCCUUCAUGUAUAAGAAACUACAUACUGUAGCUGUGUUAUUACUGCUCACGGUCAUAAUAUGUCAAAGACAGAACUAUUUCACACUUUCUUCCCUCCAUGAUAUAAAUCUCCAACUGUAAUUUACAUGUACAUACUUUAUGUCCCUGUUUUAUAUAGAAAAAGACUAUACUAUACACAGAAUAUGCAGUAAUUGUUUUGAUCUAAAUCAUUGUUUUCUGAUGUAAAUUGUGUUUUAUUUAUUUCUCAAUGUAUAUUCAGAAAGAAUAUUGUCUUAAGCUGGAGAUUUCAUGAAAGAUCAUGAUGACGGUUAAGAUUUGAACGUUAUCCUACUUCCUUCUGUGUUACACUUCACUAAACAAAACUUUUUCACUCAAGACUUUUGGUUUAAGUGGCUGGAUUUUUUUUCAUCAAGUGGAACUAAAUUCAGUGUUAUAUUUUAGGGCAUGUUAACGUGUUACAAUGUGCUGGUAUCCACUCUAGAUUGACUGUAAAGCAUUAAAGAUCAAAGUUCAA